CAACCAUGAUGGUUACCUUAGCACUACGGCGUCAUGUGUGAGACGUAUCCGGUCCCCCCUCGAUAGUUGUCCGUGUGCUGCUGUAACGUGAAACCUGCUUGUGUAAUUGUACUGUUUGGUGUCUGACAUUCAGAUGUCUGCAGCGUUUUGACGGCGGAGAAGCAGUUCACCAAGAAGUCUCUCAACGUUACAAGAACGACGGUUAAAAUGCUCUCUUCUGUUGUUGCGAAAAGGCUGGUGACAGGUUUGUGCCAGGCAGCAUGGAGACCGGCAGUCACAGGGCUGGUACCGCCUCGUGGUUAUCGUGGAGAUUCGCCAGAUGACACCAGGGGAGACCUGAUUGAGAUCCCCUUGCCCCCUUGGGAUGAGAGGCCCGGCGAGUCCACUGACAUCAAGAAGCGACGCCUGCUGUACGAGAGUCGCAAGAGGGGCAUGUUGGAGAACUGCAUUCUGCUCAGCCUUUUUGCAAAGCGUUACCUGAACACAAUGAAUGAGAAGCAGCUCUAUCAGUAUGACAGACUGAUUAAUGAACCAAGCAAUGACUGGGACAUCUACUACUGGGCAACAGAAGCCCAGCCCACCCCUGACGUUUACCAAGGAGAGAUCAUGGAUAUGCUGAAGGAGUUCACAAAGAACCGCAACCAAGAACAGAGGUUAGAUGCACCCAGCUUGGAGUACCUGGAAAAGGAAGGCCAGUGAGGUCCAUGGCCCUUUGGACCUUCUCAUAGACUCAUUUUGGGUGGGGGCACAAGGUGAAAUAUCAGUGUCAUAACCCACCAGAAAAAAAUCUCCAGAGCCAGCUGUGUUUUUUUUCAGUGAUUCUCAGCAGAAUGAACAAAAUAUUGUGGCCUGGAAAAAUAUCUCGAAGACUUUACUCUCCAGUACUAUACACCUCUCCGUGAAAUAUUCUCGUCACGGAAGCCUCCAUCCUCUAUAUUUCCUCUUCCAACUCCAGUCAGUCAUUAAAGGGGGAAGAACAUUCGUGGAAGCAGAGGGAAGUUGGAUCGAUCGCAAGUUGAUGCAACACAAUAUUAGCAAGGUGCUCUGAAUAUAUUAACAUUAAGUGAAUUGUAAAUGUUUGAUUCAAGACUGUACAUUAAAACUGAUGAAUGUGUGAGAUGCGUACUGAGUGAGUCAGCUUUGAAAGAUGGAGACAAGUUGACAAUCUGUUUGUAUACGAGAUAGUUAAACACACAGACUCACACAUGAGUGUAGCUUGUUGAAUUGUCAUGGUUGUGUUCAAUGAUUUGACUGUACCUAUCACAGACAUUAUGGGUUAUUUAAUAAAUGGUGAUGACUGUC